UCUCUCUCUCCCCCUCUCAGAUGCUACAAAGACACCUGGCUUAAAACCAACACCGAACUGGUCUUCUCCUCAGAUCGCAUCACCUGGUACAAUGUCUCUCAUCAGUAACGGGCCUGGCAUGGCCACCACCACAACAAUUACAACGACUACGACAAUAUACACAACCCCCUCGUUUAGCUUUGGGGCCAAUACACCGGCAAGCCAGAACAGCAAACCCCUUGCAUUUAAUUUGAGUCAGCCAAAAUUUAAUUUCAGCCUCACGCCCAACACUUCUGGCAAAGGCAUUCUGGGGCCUGGACCCAGCAAUGCUGCUCUUGUGAGUACUGGAGGGACUGCAACACCCUUAUCGACAAUUUCCCCGCAGGGAACACCCGUGACACAGGCGACAGCAGCAGCAACACCGUUCUUCUCGUUCAGCAUGACCCCGUCUCAACCCGGGGCGUCGACUACUCCAGCGGACAGUUCCAAGGGCCUGACCCCGAACCUGGGUGUGGCCAAGUCUCCCGACAGCGCCGACGACGGCUACUACGUGAACCGAGACGGUGAGGACUCACACAUCAAGUUUGAUCCCAUCAUGCCCCUGCCUGACAAGGUGGAAGUACGCACCGGCGAGGAAGACGAACGCUGCCUGUUUGAACACCGUGCCAAGCUGUACCGUUUUGACAGCUCCGAGUGGAAAGAGCGUGGCCUUGGAAACAUCAAGAUUCUUGAAAACACUCAAACACAGAAGCUACGAUUGGUCAUGAGAAGGGAGCAGGUUCUAAAAGUUUGCUGUAAUCAUUACAUCACUGCCGACGUCGACCUGAAGCCAAAAGUGAACAGUAAAGGCUGUGCUUGGGUCUGGUGUGCUUUUGACUCCUCAGAUGGAGGCGAGGCCCAGCUGCAGCACUUGUCUAUCCGAUUCAAGACGGCUGAAAUUGCUAACAACUUUAAAGAUUCGUUCGAAGAGGCCAAGCAGAAGGCUAUCGCUUACCAGAAGUCUCCAGAGAAGGACAAAGAGAACAGUACCGAUGGUGCCUGCACCAAUACCGACCCUCAGACGCCGACCAUCUCCCCUACUGUCAAAGGACCGAAGUCAGAUGCCAAGAGAUCUUCUGUAGCUACGACGCUAUUCCCAGAUCCUGACUACAAGAAUCUAGAUGAUGAUGAUGAUGAUAAUGAGGCCCAUAAAGACGAAGAACUGAGCAAUGAGGAUGAUGUCAUCUUCAUAAAGCAAGUCGAAGCCACUCCCGAGCAGGUUGAGAGGGCGAGGAAACUGAUGCUCCCCGACCAUUUCUAUUUGUAUGAGACCAAAGAACCUUGCCGGGGCUGCCGAGGUUGUGACCCCGAAGACCUGAAGAAAUCACCCAAGCAGACAUAUGCUGCAAAAGCAGCUUUGUCUGUAUCAGAACGACACAAGCCCCAGUCUCCGCAAUCUCCAGCAAGUUCCACUGUUGCCGAUGUCACUGUCACAUCAGCGACUACCACGACUGCCAACACAACUGCUAUUACUACUACUACCACGACCACCACUACUUUUCCUGCAGAUUCAUCGACUUCCAGUAUGCCAUUUUCACGGUUAAUGAACAACACAGAAUAUUCCGGAAUGUUAUUCAGUACACUGGCUGCCCAGGCAAAUACACAAGAAACAACUGCCUUUCAGAAAGACAAAAACAAACCAUUUUCCUGGCAAGGUGCCGGUCAGAAGCUGUUUGAUGUCAAGUCCAGCCCCGGUGCCGCCCACAACGAUGAUGAGGACGAUGAUGAUGUUGUAGCUAAUGUUGAUAUUCACUUUGAUCCUGUUAUCGAACUACCAGCUCUCAUUGAUAGAAAGAGUGGUGAGGAGGAUGAAACACCGUUAUUUGUACAGCGAUCGAAACUAUAUCGGUUUGACAAGUCACUCAAUUGUUGGAAGGAAAAAGGAAUAGGAAAUAUGAAAAUACUCAGCCACAACGGAUCCGUUCGAUUCCGGCUGCUUUUCCGAAGAGAACAAGUGUUAAAGGUGGCCUGUAACCACCUGUUGACGACCAACUUAGUCCUGAAGAGAAUGUUCACCUCAGAGACGGCUUGGUGUUGGGUGGCCCGUGACUACACAGAUGAGAAAGAAGGUACAGUGGAACAGUUUGCUGUACGCUUUAAGACAGUAGAACUUGCCAGCAGCUUCCACAAAUGUUUCACUGAAUGUCAAGAGAAACUUCUGCAAGAAGAAUCACAGGUGGCCGGAUCGGGGACGGCGCCAGCAGAUGUCCAAGGUCUGAGCAAUACCCUGUCGAAUUUGAAUGUUGAACUGCAAAACACUUCUGUUGAAGGAUCGGAAGAAGCCAAAGCUGUUGAGCAUAGCGAGGAGGGAGAAGAUGAAGAGGAGAAAGAUGACAAUGAGGCAGAAGAGGUAGAUGUACGAUUUGAGAAGAGAGCCACCUUGUACUACAAAGUCGACAAGGAUUGGGUUUCACUUGGCCUAGGUAACCUACAGGUGGAGUAUGACGCUACGGUUGGUGGCCUACGUAUAGUUAUGACAGACAGCUCUGAUAAGCCGUUGUGCAACCACAUCAUUACACGUGAGACAAAUUUCACCCAGUGUGCCUCAAAACAUAAACACUCUGGUACAUGGGCAAGUAUGGAUGAAGCUUCUGGUGAAAGUGGACAGCGUACAUUCCGGCUUGACUUCUCCUCUGCAGCGGCCUACUCAGAGUUUAAGGAUGUUUUUCAACAGGGGAAAACUAUGGCGAAAGAAAUGAAUAUAUCGGAACAAUAUAUAUAUAGUACUUAGGAACCAGAUAAUUUCUUUUGUAGGUUUGUUUUUAAAAAGAAGAAAAAAAAAGUU